AAGAAAUCCCGUUUAAUGUGCCUGGAUAUUCGAAAAAGGAGAAACUUGCUUCAUUGCGCAGACUUCUACUCUGAAACUACCAGAGCUCGACGAACUCAACCGGGAAGGCCUGCACUAGCAUCGAAACCCUAGGAAGCCGUCGAAGAAGAAGGAUGACAACGACGAACGAAAACGACGAUGCAUCAGGGAGUGGAAAAAGUGCUUCAGGGAGUACAGACAAAACCUUACAGGUGGUGAAGAACAAUAAAGGUAAGCGACCAGCUAUCAAAGAUGCAACUCAGAACCAAGCCUGCAGGGUGAAGAGGCAGAGGAAAGUAGUUGAUGAUAAUGAAAGCAAUGAUGACUUUGAAGUGCAACCUGGGCAAGGUGGAGCUGAAACUGACUUAGUGGAAAAUGAGAGCAAGAAAAUAAAGAAAGAGAGCAUUAAAGAUAUCAAGGCCAGGUUUAGGACAAUAAGAACAAGAUCAUCACCCAACAUGGUUGUGAAAGC